AUGUCUACUUCAAACGAAAACUCAGAUGCACCCGCUGGCCAGGGCGACUAUGAAACCAAGUACGAGCAGAUUGCCGAAUAUCUCCAAAGUAUCGGACUUUCUGUGAGCGAGCAGCUCACUCAUCACGCGGCUUCAACCAAUCAUGAGGAUCUUCCCCACGACUCUGCAGAUUGCGCGAGAUGCUGCAUGCCAAAAUCAUCAGGCACAGUCACACCUACUAAACCUGCUUCCGAACGCCUAUGCUCUCUCAUCCCACCGCCCAACUACGGCGCCGUUAUCCCCGACGCUAUCUACCGUAGCAGCUACCCCCAGGAGAAGAACUACGAGUUCCUCAAAAAUCUCAAAAUUAAGAGCAUCUUAACCCUCGUCCCUGAGCCCAUCUCUCCCGAGUACCAGGCCUUCAUGGACGGCGCUGGGAUUCAGCACUUUCACGCUCACAUCAAAGCCAACAAGGAGGGCAAAGUCCGCGUCGAAUCUUGCGAGAUGUCGCGAGCCCUACGCUUGAUCAUGGACCGCACCAACCACCCCAUUCUCAUACACUGCAACAAGGGCAAGCACCGCACUGGCUGCACAGUUGCCUGUUUUAGGCGCUUUCUCGGCACAAGGGUGGAGGACAUUCGCGAGGAGUACCAUACCUACGCGGGUGUCAAAGCCCGAUUUCUCGACGAGGUGUUCUUUGAAAAUUUCGACCUCAACCUCGUCAUGUGGAUGGCUCGCCAGGAAGGUUGGGCCAAGCCUGAAGCCGAUAUUACGCUUCUGUCACCUCCGGAUUCCCCGCUCACUUCUGCAGUUGGUGCCUGCGUGGUCACUACUACACAUCUUGAGUAG